AGAACCAGCAGCCUUUGACGAUCAUUAACGAUGGUGAAGGUUUCGAGCUUCGGCAUCAUUCUCCUCGCGGCCGCAUGUGCGGUUGUUUUGUCCAUGGUACUCGACGAAAAUACGUUUGGUGCGAAGGCCGAACCUGUUGCUUCCGUGGUAGAUAGACCUAGACCUAGACCUCGACCUCGACCUAGACCGAAGCCGGCAGCUAAUACUAGGUCACCUAAGAAUAUCAAGGCUACGUCUCCAAAAUCUACCGCUCCCCCUUCAUCACACGCAUCGUCUGGAUCUGCUGAAGAUUCUGUAACUCCUGGAGCUGCAGGAGCCCCCGGAACUCCUGCAUCUUCUGUACCACCUGUAGGUCCUGUAGCUCCUCUGUCUGCUGUAACUCCUGGAAUGACUGGAUUGCAUCGAAUGCCUGGAAUGCAUGGAAUGCCUGGAAUGUAUGGAAUGCCUGGAAUGCCUGGAUCGGUUGGAGGUUCCGCAGCUCCUGUCUUGCAAAGUUUGGGCACCGCCAUUGGUACUAUUCAAACGGCUGCUAGCCUCACCGGCCCUCAGUAUCAACGUCAGUAUCCUGAUUAUUCUCAAAAUAACCAAGUGGCACAGCCAGAAGUACAACAAGAGGCACAGCUACCGGUGCAGCAAGAGCUGCCGCAACAGGCAUAGCAAGACGGAGGCGCAGUCGGCGAAGCAUCACCAUAGGGAGCUCGCCGUAUUAGUGUGGUACGAAAAUGAAAAAGAAACGCGGAAUAAAAACUCCAUGCCU